AUGACGAACAAGAUAGUAAAGGCCGCUGCUGGUACUGAGGGAGCUCUUGAUGGACGUGAGAUCGAGCUCCUCCACUACAUCUACGGCCGUGAAGAUCUUAAGGAGCUCAAGGGCAGCCCCACAAAAGUACUCGAGGCAAUUGACGAGUUCAACUGUACACAAAAAAUGCUCAUGAACAUUGGUCCUGCCAAGGGUGAGCAUGUCGUGAACACUAUCAACAAGGAGAAGCCGAGUGUUAUGAUUGAGCUGGGUGUAUACAUCGGGUACAGCUGUAUCCUCUUCGGCGAAGCUCUGCGCGCCAAUGGCGGAAAGAAGUACAUCGGCAUUGAGAAGAAUGCCGAGAUGGCAGCUGUGGCUAAUCAGCUUGUGGAUCUUGCUGGUCUGCGCGAUACAGUGCGAAUCCUUGUUGGUAGUAGCGCUGAGAUUCUGAGAGAGCUCAUCGUUGAGAAGGAGAUUGAUCAGAUUGAGAUUAUCUUCUUGGAUCACUGGCAGGAACUCUACCUGAGCGAUACCUGGCUUCUGGAAGAGAUGAAUGUCAUGAAGCCGGGUGUCUCAGUGAUGAUUGCCGACAAUGUUAUCUUCCCCGGCGCUCCCAACUUCCGUAAGUGGAUUGAGGCCUCAACUAAGGAGAAGAAGGUGCUGGUCAAGGAGCUUGAAUCUGGACUGGGAUGUGCUAGCGUUAAGCCCAAUCCGAACUUGAUUUAUGAGACUGUUCUGGAGGAGUUUGAGACUCCUUGGGGUCCCGAUGGUGUCACAUUCACUCGUGUUGUGGGAGAGGAAAGCUCCGAAUAA